CUCAGUAGUACGGUGACCGCGAUCAUGAGUGGAGGUGUUCUCUAACGCUCCGCUUCGGCAGAGUGAAUGGAUAAUUGAUUCUUUGAAUUUCCAAGUGAACUCCCAACGGACGGUAUGUGGUGAUAACAAAGUGCCACCGACGCUAAAUUUACCUGGAUUUAAUCUAGUCUUUUGUAGUCAUUAAAAUUUCUGUACAACAAUGUCACGGGCCAACAUGCCAAACUCUUCGUCCGAACACUCGAAAUCGACCACGACUUCGUCGUCGCGCGUGAAACGCGCCCCGUCCUCCGUCAGCAACGGGAGCCAGGGCGUGGGCAAGAUCCUUCGGAAGCCAGGUCACAAGCAGGGCGGCAGAAGGAGGUGCUGUUCGCAGUACCACCUGAACAGCGUCUGGUCCGUGUGGUACUGCCUAGUCACCCUCGGUUUCAUGGGGUACCUGGUCUUCAACGGAGUCAAACGCUUCAUCCUCUACGCGUCGCUUCCAUGGCCGGAAGACCAACAGCCCUACAUCGAACUCAACGCCUACGUCGGGCUGGUCGGUGCCUCGGUGGUCGUCCUGCCCUUCUUCCUCGUCACCUCCGCCGUCAAGGUCGGCAACCUGGCCAACGACGGCUUCAAACUCGGGGCUUCCCUGUCCACCUGCAGCCGGGACCCGCCGCCUGUCUUGGAGGCGGCCAGGGGCGUCAUCAGGAACCUCUGGUUACACGGGGUACCGACUGCCCCCUUCCUCCAUCUCGUAGCUGCCUUCUGUCUGCUGCUGCCCAGGACGGUCAUGGAUGCUACCCUCAUCUCAGCUGGCUUCCUGCCCCGGGACGAAAUCUGGCGAACAGACCUGGACUUCCUGGUGCCCCACAACGACCGGCUGGUGGUUUUCAGGGGCCCCAUCAAUGCCACCGGGGGAGGGGGCAUCCCGACCGAAAUCCCUGCCCCGACGACGUUCAACCCCGACGCCAUCACCUUCAACCCGGUCAUCAAGCCCCUGCCACAGAUGCAAGCCCUUCAGUCUAAAGAGUCGCUUGUGGUCAACCCGGAAGCAGAGGAAUUCGACCCCGAAGAAGAAGAAGAAGCGGAAGAAUUUGAUAAUGAGCUACUAGAUGAGGAAGAGGAGGAGACGGAGGAAGAAGAAGGAGGAGGAGGAGGAGGAGGGGGUCCGACAGCCGAGCACAGGAGGAGCGACAAGAAGAACCCCAAGAAGAGUCGAGGGAAGAAGAAGGACGCCUCGCGCAAGACGAAGGCCCUCAAGACCAAGGGCUCCUACAGGAGUCUUCCCACGGCUGCCAGGCUGCCGGAGGACGGGCAGUGGCACCCGCUGUCGCCGGAACUGCUGAAUUACACCAUCGCCUUGCUGGUGUUCGCCAUCAGGUACCCGUCCGUGUUCUGGCAUACCAACAAGGCUUUUGGCCUCCUCUUCUCUCUCCAGCUGAUGCUCAAUGGCAUCCACACUAUACUCACCAUCUCUGCUUUCACCAUACUCUAUAAGCUGCACGUGUGUGGAGGAACUGGGGAGCUGCACGGAGGGGAGAGCUUUCUCUUGGACCUGCCUGCCACCGUUGGACUCAUGGUGGCAGCCGUGAUGGUCGUGACCGUCUCUUCCUCUGCCAUCUACUUCUACGGCUACCACAGGUUCACCAACUUUCUGAUCAAGAGCAGGCAGCGCUACCACAUCACAUAUGAAAACGAACCAUGCGUCGUGAGGCCGUACGCGCCUCACUGCGCGGCCCUUGUGGUGCUGGUGGCCCUGGGCGUAACCCACGGACCUCUCCUGUGGGAUAUGUCCCUCGUGUAUCGGGGAUCCCUGGACGCCGUCGUUCUGGCUGCUGUCAUCGGCUCUAUUGUCCACCUCUUCCUGUGGAUCGUUCUCUGGCUCUUCUUGACUGUGAAGACGACUUGGACUUUCAAACUCCGCGUGACGGUAGCCAGGGCCUGCGUCUCCUCCGCGCGCUCCAUCAAAUUGGUCAAUGACGUGGAACUGGCCUCCGGGGACCCUCGCACUCAGCCCCACACUCCUCUGCUCAUCGUGGGGUCCGGGAAGGCUUAUGCCAUCAAUGAUAACGGACCGAAGAAGGCCAUCAUGAAUGUUAUACAGAAGACUCACCAGGACAAACGCUCCAGGGGCGAGGAAGAAGAGAUCUACUGGCUGAGGCCCAGUCAGCCUCUGAGGUCGAACUCGGCCUCCAAAACGGCCUCGCCAAGAGCUAAGGUCACCUUCGACGAGGAGGGACUCUUGAGCUCCCCCAGCCGGAGGGCCAGAGCCGCGAAGUCGCCCAAGAUCCAAAAGUCAACUUACCGUCGAGCCACGACGCUCUCCGACUCAGACGACGAGGCCGGGGAUUACGCCAUACUGACGGAGGCGCCACCCGCCAACGGCCGCCAGCAAGAAGACCCCCGCUACGUGGACAGGCAACAGAUCUUGGCGUACCAGCGUGCCAUAGAAGAACGCGCUUCAUCUCAGAAUUCUGAUGCCCACACUGUCCCCGAUUAUGAAGAUGCCGAAUAUCUGCACAUGCGCAGUCCAGUAGCCUCUCACGUCCUCGAGAACCAGGUUUGUUUCCUCUUUUUCUCGGCCCCCAUGACACCUCGGAGCACCCGCAGUAAUGACUCCGGCAUGGUUCAGGAGGAGCGCUCGCAGCGCAGUGACUCCGUGUCCACGACGUCCUCCAACACCCCUCCCGAAAAUUCGGAGGAGUCAGGGGUCCUCUCGGGUGCGACAGAUUUGCUGAAGCAGAGGUCAAAUAGCGUUGACGACUUGACCCAACUUCCCCCUGACCCCAAUCAGGUCCUGACCCCUCCUAAAGCCAUGUCGAUGCAACGGCCUCCUAUGAAUUCUUCGCCCAGUAGCCCCUACGGCUACUGUCCCGGGGGUGGGAAGGUCGCCGCCGCCGCUGCUGGCACCGUGUCGCCAGUGCCAGGCUCACUUCUCUACCCGGCCACAGAAUCGACGGUUGUUAUCCGUCGACAGAGGAGCCUGGCUCAAGACAUCAAGCCCCCCGUUGAUCCAAUCUACGGAACGAGGGCUCUAACUUCCUUCACCGACCAACAAGACACGAAGAAGAAGGCUUUCAACGAGGACCUCAUGGCCAUGGCACAAAACACCUUCAACAGUUCGCAGUCCGCAAGCUCGAGCGGUUACCAGAGCGCUAACACGAGCAGCGCAAGCAACAGUGCGAGUAACUCGCCUGUGCCUAUGAAUCCUGCGACGACGCUCAACCCAGGGCAGACGGUCGGCAACCCCAAACCUUACAAUGGUGGCCAGAGUAUAUAUGGCCACAUGAACAGACCAGGGGCGAGAGUCAACACACACAACCCACAGAGCAGCAUAUACGGCCGCACGACCUCUGGUUCUUGCAGCCCUCACAAAUUCCCACAAGCGCCGCAGAUUCCCUUGCCGCCCAUCCCGCAGGGUGACCAUGCGAUGCCGAGCCACCACCAAGGGUUACUGCACGAUAUUUACGGCCGCACGACCGGGCCUAAAGCGUGCCACCUCGGCGAAAGACCAAAUAUCUAUGGCACAAGUCCCGCGCGACAUCCCGUCGGGCGGUCAAUCAGCCUGCGAUCGGCAACUGGGGCUGUGCCGAAGUAUCACGCCGGAACUUUCCCCCACUUGCCUCGGGAUUCGCAGUACAACACAAGCGUUUGAAGAGUUCGCGGGAAGGGUUCUGCCAGGAUUAAUAGAGCACAGGGUUAGACCGCUUCGGACCAAAAUAGGACAAUCUCGCGCAUGACGUCACGUGGCUGAUCUGACUGAGGUUUAGGUUAAAAAAAAGUCAUCAGUCAGUAUUUGACCCCACCAGAGUGAAGAACAAGGAAACUAUCUUCCAAUACCUGGAGAUUAACGGGGACCUCUCUCACACAAGGUCGUGAAAGAGAUAGGUAAUGGGUGUGUGCAAACAAUUUCCAUAGUGACCCUUAAUUUAUUUGUUUUCUUGGUUUUCUUUUAUGGCCACCUACCAAUGACGUCACAGAUAUGCGCAGCAACGACGUGACGCUCUAACCCUGUACUCUAUUAACCCUGGUUUCUACCACCCUCGAGGCCCCACCUUGUCUCGUUUGCCAAAGAAUCUGUUAUCCACGUUCGCAAUACAGUCUCCGAGUUUCCUGAUGGCUGCAAAAGUCGUGUGGAGGAGUUCCUAAGAGCUGCCGUAGUUAAUGAUUGAGUGCUCACGUUGUUAAAUUGCCCGUCCGCUGCCCUGGUGAUGACUCGCCUCUUCUCGAAGGGCGGGAAGGACCAGUUCAAUUGGAUUCUGUCAUGCCAUAUUCGUGGCGGUGAGAUCUGUCGUGUGACGUUGCCUUAAAAAUCCUUGAUUGCAUAUCAUGAACUUGCAUUUAUUAGGUGCAUUUAUAACCCCCCCCCCCCCACAAGCUUCAUUGCAUAUGCUGAGUAACAAUUGCAAGAUUGAUAGGUUCUUGUUAGGGAGCUGCCAGAUAUGCAGGAAUUAGCAUCAGUAUAAUACCUGUAAUGGAUGGCCAGUCUCGCUGAAACCUGGCUGCUAGAUUGUGUUCAAGAAUUGGCAUGAAACUUUUUGCACAAUAUUUGGCCUUGUGCGGGAAAGAGAACCGACUGACGUUAGCAUAAUCUCAAGGUAUAAACCGUACUAGCUGAUUUAUCAAAGAAUUCUUGUACAUAGUUUUGUAAAGAAAAUACUUUUAUUUACAAUAGAUUUCGUACUCACUUGAUAACUCUGAAAGGCUUACUAACUGACAGUUGAAUGUUCCCCAUCACUGUUUGUAUAUCAAACUCCUACGUCUGUAGAAUUAACUGAUAAUUAGUUCAUUGCUGGAGUUUUCCAGUCAUGAGCAGUUUAUACCAGUCAGGUGGGUAUGACAGAGAUAAACACAAUUAAAGAUACUCACCAAAGAGACUGGUGAUUUUUCGCCCUAUGAAUUGUACGUGAAAGUGACGAAGGACAAAAUAGUAUACAAGGAUUUUAUCACGAGGCGCUCGGUAUUCCAGAAACACAGAAUCAAAUAACCUCUAUGUCACUUUGUCAGACUUUGGUGAAUAUUUUAUAGAGUUCUCUGCAAAUGUCUGGCUCCCACCUUCCUUUUCUUAACUAAAAAAAAAAAAACUCAUGUCUCCUUAUGAUGUUCUCUUCAUUCAAAGACUGUAAAAGUUGAGCAUGAAUGUAUAGAUUUUUAACUUAACUUUAACUCGUAUCUGGCCUUUUCAUCUUCCUAGUCUUUUUCUCAUCUAAAGUCAGAAUUAUCAAAACAACUACAGACUGCAUGGAGAAGUACGUUACAAAAUGCCUUUGUUUUUUUUAAGUUCUAUGAAAUUAGAUACUGUAGUUUUUCCUUCCUUAAAUGUUUGUAAAACCUUUUAUUGUAUUUUGGAAAUGUUUUUUUUAACAGAUUUCCGACGACCAAAGAAGCAUGAGUCACCCUCGAAAUAUUUAGCAUGCGAGUGCGUUAGCCACUUUGUAUAUACAGGUACAGUAUACAGACUGUCUGUGUAAAUACUCCAUUUUAGCAGUUGUACCCUUUUUUGUAUGUACGUGGCCACGAAAGCAUUUAAAAAAACACUUUAUACGUAAGAAAUAUUUACAAUCGAUUGCUUAGACAUAUUUACUCUUACAAACAAUGUACAGUACAAUGGAGAAAUAGUUUAGCCAAUCACAGUACACAGAUUUCCUUAUAGUUGACCUCGCCUUUUUUUAAAUUUUAUUUUAUUUUUUUAAAUAGCAUGUUUACUAUGCUGGUGCACGAGUGCCAAAUUCAUUUGAUCUUCCUUUCCCCUGAUUCAACCCAAAAAUGAUCUCAGUUUAUCACAUCGAUUCUUCUGUGCCAAAUGUUUAAUAAAUUGUGACACUGCGUAUCGUAAACCACCAAAGAUACGGCGAAUUCAGCCCCGCCCCUUUUAAAUAAUGUCAAAAGAAGCCAAAGUUGUUCCGCCGGUCCUAAUUUGUCGCAGACAGCAAUCGACCGAAGAUUUUUAGCCAGCAUUCUAAAAUGCUACAGAAUUUUUUUUUUUUUAGUGUUAUUGAAACGUGCUGCUGGGAAAGUUGGAGUGAAUGAAUGUAAUAUAGAUUACGUCAUUUGUUACAUUAACAUCGUCCAUUUUUUUUUGACAAAGUGAUGAAUACGUGUGCCUUUUUUUUCACUUUAGUUGUCAGCAUAGACGGUGAUUUCGUCAUUGACCUGAUGUAUCUCUCUCUAUACAUCCUGGAUGGUGAGAGAGACAGAUUGGAUACUCUGCUAAAAAAAGAAGUCAAUGAUAAAAUCACCGGCGAUGCAGAUAACGCCAAAAAAAAAAAGAGCAUAAUUAGACACUUUGCCAAAAAAUGGACGACAUGGCUGCCCCCGUGGAUGAUUAUACCUUAAGGGGGAGAGUCAGAAAUGAAUGUACAUAAACACAUAUUGCAGUGUAUAUGGAAACAACCAAUUCCCAGCUAGGGGCUCCUGCUACAUGUAUAAAGAAAUCUAGCGCCGGAUGCAUGAUUAAGCUGUGUUUUAGUUGUUUUUGUACACAUAUUCAUACAUGUAUAGGAUCUACUUGUCCACGUUCGCCAAGACGUGCUUUUCAUAGCCACAAUUUCUGCAUUUGUUUCCCCUUCAGGUUUUCAAGGCUUUCACUGGAGUUCAUCCAGGAGUUCAGAUGUCAUUGUGGCUGUUAAAAGCGCAUGUGUACAUUGAUGCAUAUAUAUAUAUAUAUAUAUAUAUAUAUAUAUAU